AUGGAGCUGCUGGAGGCGCGCGUUCAAUUCGUGCGCGCGGGCGCUCGCUCAGCCCGCACCGUGUCGAAGGUGUACCUGAACCCGAAUGAUAUGGCCCAUUUCGGCCUCGAAUCGGGCUCUCACGUGGUUCUCCAUACUAUUCCAGAGGCAAAUGGCACACCCAAGCUGCUGGUUUGUGGUAUGGCUUGGCCAAUGGACAAGAUCAAACGCCGUGGAGUCGGUCUGAGCUCCAUGUGGGAGGCAGCAGUGUCCGAGCAACAAAUUGAGAUUGUCACAGUACAACUACUACUACAAACUCCCAGCCCUGUCACCAAGAGCGUGGUGCUGCAGCUAGUUUCCCGUUUGCCCAUUCACAAGACGAAGCUCUCGGAGAAGGAACGCACGCUGUUGACGCGCUGCAUCGCGACGAUGAUUGACGGGGCUUUGGUUCAUCAAGAUGCACUGAUUUCACUGCCAUUGCAUGGUGUGAACACCGUAUUUCGCGUGCUGGAGGUUGACGGAGAAAGCAAAGACCAAGGGGUCGUGAGGAUUGCGGCAGCCAAAACGGCACUGACAGUGGCAUGGGAAGAGAAACAGGAGGAGGUAGCAGUGGAGAAGGACAAAAUAUCGACAAUAAAUGUGAAACAGGACGGCUUCGCAUCGAUCGGUGGACUGCAGGAGGAGCUGAAGGCGAUUCGUGAAGUGGUGGAGCAACCACUGACCAACCCCGAAACAUUUGAGAGAUUUGGCUUGCCAGCCCCUAAAGGAGUCUUGUUGUUUGGACCGCCUGGAACGGGUAAGACCCUGAUCGCGAGAGCCUUGGCGAGGGAGUUGAACGCUCGAGUAUUCACGAUCAACGGUCCGGAAGUUGUGAGUAAGUUUGUCGGCGAGAGUGAAGCCAACUUGAGAGCUGUGUUCGCACAAGCCGCUAGAGAGGCGCCGUCGCUUGUGUUUAUCGAUGAAUUGGAUGCUAUUUGUCCGAAACGUGACUCCCGUGUGGGCGACAUGGAGCGCCGUCUUGUGGCGACUUUACUUACGCUUAUGGACGGACUGAGCGGAUCGCGUCAGGUUGUCGUGUUAGCUGCUACAAACAGACCCAACGCUCUUGACCCCGCGGUGAGAAGACCUGGACGAUUCGAUAGAGAAGUGGAGAUUGGUAUUCCAAGGGCUAAUGAUCGACUAGCAAUUCUACGGGUGGCUCUGAGACGCUUGCCUCAUAAACUCACCGACUCGGAGCUUCAAGAGCUGAGUUCAAGCGCCCAUGGUUACGUUGGAGCUGACCUCAGUGCACUCUGCAAAGAGGCUGCACUGCUUGCACUCCAUCGCGCAUUCGCGAGCAACACCCAGUCCACUGGAGCCGUAUUGGGCGAUACUAAUUCACUCCCUCCGUUUGAAGUGACUCUGAGCGACUUGAAGCUAGCAAUGCGAGGGAUCCGACCAAGUGCUUUACGUGAGAUCUCGGUGGAUGUGCCUCGUGUGUUGUGGAUUGAUAUCGGUGGACAAGACGCACUUAAACAGGCUUUACGUGAAGCGGUGGAAUGGCCGCUACAGCACCCGGAAGCCUUUACACGCAUGGGUAUUCGACCACCAAAAGGUGUGUUAUUGUAUGGCCCUCCUGGUUGUAGUAAAACACUGGCAGCGAAGGCUUUGGCCACUGAAAGUGGCAUGAAUUUUAUUGCCAUCAAAGGCCCCGAGCUCUUUAGCAAGUGGGUUGGCGAGUCCGAACAACAAGUGCGUGAGGUCUUCCACAAGGCUCGUGGUGCGUCCCCGACUGUGGUCUUCUUUGAUGAGAUCGACGCUCUUGCGAGUACGCGAGGAACUGGAGGCAGUAGCGGCGCAUCGGACCGUGUGUUGAGUCAACUACUGACCGAGUUGGAUGGCUUGGAGCCUCUGAAGCGCGUAUUGGUGGUGGCCGCUACAAACCGCCCGGAUCUAUUGGACCCGGCUUUGAUGCGACCCGGUCGUAUCGACCGUGCACUCUACGUGUCCCCACCUGACGUCCCAGCCCGAGAGCAGAUUCUGCAGAUCCACACACGGAAAACUCCCUUGGCAUCGGACGUCAGUGUGGCCGAAUUAGCGAUUGCCACCGCCCGGUUCUCAGGUGCAGAGCUUCAAGCUCUCUGUCGUGAAGCUGCUCUACAUGCAGUGGAGGAGGACCGGGCCGCCGUUAAUGUUGCAAAACGGCACUUUGUUCGUGCGUUAGCGGUAGUGACACCGCAGAUCGAUGACCGGAUGCUGGCGUUCUUCGAGCGCUUCCGGGAUGGCCAACGGAGAUAG